AUGGAUAUCCGGAUCCUUCGCCCCUCCGACAUCCCCCUCAUCCAGCAUGCCAACCUGGAGAACCUCCCCGAGAACUACUUCCUCAAAUACUACCUCUACCACGCGCUCUCAUGGCCCCAGCUAAGCUACGUCGCCGUCGACGUAUCGCGGCCCAAGAAGACGCCCUACGACUACCCCAAGAUCGUCGGCUACGUCCUCGCUAAGAUGGAGGAGGAGCCGACCGACGGGGUGCAGCACGGGCACAUCACCAGCCUGUCGGUCAUGCGGACGCACCGGCGGCUGGGCAUUGCAGAGAAGUUGAUGAGGCAGAGCCAACUCGCCAUGGUCGAGACCUUCGGCGGGCACUACGUCUCGCUGCACGUGCGCGUCUCCAACCAGGCCGCCAUCCACCUGUACCGCGACACGCUGGGCUUCAAGACGGAGAAGACCGAGUCCAAGUACUACGCCGACGGCGAGGACGCCUUCUGCAUGCGCCUGGACCUGGGCCCCACCUGGGAGCAGGUGCAGGAGGACCGGGAAAAGGACCAUGAUGACGCCGCCCGCGAGGACAACGUCGACGAGGGCGACGCCGUCGGCGACGUCGGCAGGGCGACCGACCCGGCUGAGAAGCCCAAGUCGAGGAGGAGUGCCAAUGCAAAGCCUGCGGUGAACUCGGCGGAUGCGGCGGCGGCGGCGGCGGCGGCGGCGGACAAGGAAAAGAAGAGAAAGGUCAAGGUCGGGAGGGGGUUGGGGGUGGGGGAGUUGGUGGAGAGGGAUGAGAGCAAGCACUCGUAA